GGGACUUCCUCCGCCUGGCUCCGCCUCUUGCCCCGGAAGUACUCACAGCGGACGGUGGUUUCUGGGCCUGUUUCUGAGCAGCGCUUCCUUUUUGUCCGACAUCUUGGCGAGGCUGUGGUGUCCGCUGCUACUCUCUGAGCUUCGCAAUGCCGCCCAAGGACGAUAAGAAGAAGAAGGACGCUGGAAAGUCGGCCAAGAAAGACAAAGACCCAGUGAACAAAUCCGGGGGCAAGGCCAAAAAGAAGAAGUGGUCCAAAGGCAAAGUUCGGGACAAGCUCAAUAACUUAGUCUUGUUUGACAAAGCUACCUAUGACAAACUCUGUAAGGAAGUUCCCAACUAUAAACUUAUAACCCCAGCUGUGGUCUCUGAGAGACUGAAGAUUCGAGGCUCCCUGGCUAGGGCAGCCCUUCAGGAGCUCCUUAGUAAAGGACUUAUCAAACUGGUUUCAAAGCACAGAGCUCAAGUAAUUUACACCAGAAAUACCAAGGGUGGAGAUGCUCCAGCUGCUGGUGAAGAUGCAUGAAUAGCUUCUAGGUGCUGAAGAGCCCUCUUCUGGGUCUGGCACUGCCUGAGGCUGAGUUUGAUUCAGGAAAAAUAAAUGUGUCCGGGAUGCUUAA